AUGCUAUCUGCAUUUGGACUCCCCAUCUCAGCCACUGAGCUCCUUCUGGCUGCCUCCAUCUUCUGCCUCAUAUUCUGGGUGGUCAGGGCCUGGAAAUCACAGGUCCCCAAAGACCUAAAGAGUCCCCCAGGGCCCUGGGGCUUGCCCCUGAUCGGACAUGUGCUGACCCUGGGGAAAAACCCACACCUGGCACUGACCAGGCUGAGCCAGCAGUACGGGGAUGUGCUGCAGGUGCGCAUCGGCUGCACGCCCGUGGUGGUACUGAGUGGCCUGGACACCAUCCGGCAGGCCCUGGUGCGGCAGGGCGAUGACUUCAAGGGCCGGCCUGACCUCUACAGCUUCACCCUGAUUGGUAACGGAGAGAGCAUGACCUUCAACCCUGACUCUGGCCCUGUGUGGGCUGCCCGCCGGCGUCUGGCUCAGAAUGCCCUGAAGAGCUUCUCUUUGGCUUCGGACCCAGCUUCCUCAUCCUCCUGCUACCUGGAGGAGCACGUGAGGAAGGAGGCUGAGUACCUUAUCCACAAGUUUCAGGAGUUGAUGGCAACCGUUGGGCACUUUGACCCCUAUAGGUACAUAGUGGUGUCAGUAGCCAAUGUCAUCUCUGCCAUGUGUUUUGGCCAACGCUAUGACCAUGACCAUCAAGAGUUGCUGAGCAUAAUCAACUUAAAUAAUGAGUUUGGGGACGUGGCUGCCUCUGGGAAUGUGGUGGAUUUCAUUCCCAUCCUUCGCUAUCUGCCCAAUACCAGUCUGAAUACCUUCAAAGAACUGAAUGAAAGGUUCUCUACUUUCAUACAGAAGAUAGUUGAAGAGCACUACAAAAAAUUUGAAAAGGGCUACAUCCGGGAUAUCACAGAUAGCCUAAUUGAGCAUUGUCAGGAAAAGAAGCGGGAUGAGAAUGCAAAUAUCCAACUCUCAGACAGGAAGAUCAUUACCAUUGUCAUGGAUCUCUUUGGAGCUGGGUUUGACACAGUCACAACUGCCAUCUCCUGGAGCCUCAUGUAUGUGGUGACGAACCCUAGGGUGCAGAGAAGGAUCCAGGAGGAGCUGGACACAGUGAUUGGCGGGGCACGGAUGCCCCAACUUUCUGACAGGCUCCAGCUUCCCUAUCUGGAAGCUUUCAUCUUGGAGACUUUUAGGCACUCGUCUUUCCUCCCCUUCACCAUCCCCCACAGCACCACGAGACACACAAGUCUAAAUGGCUUUUACAUCCCCAAGGGUCAGUGUAUCUUUGUGAACCAAUGGCAGAUCAACCAUGAUCAGAAGUUGUGGGGUGAUCCGUCUGAGUUUCGGCCAGAAAGGUUUCUCACCACUGAUGGCACCAUCAACAAGACACUAAGUGAAAGGGUGAUGAUCUUCGGCCUUGGCAAGCGGAAGUGUAUUGGGGAAACCAUUGCCCGCUUGGAAGUCUUCCUCUUCCUGGCCACCCUGCUGCAUCAGCUGGAGUUUAGUGUGCCACCAGACAUGAAGGUGGACAUGUCCCCCAUCUAUGGGCUGACCAUAAAGCAUGCCCGCUGUGAACACUUCCAGGUGCACCUGCGCUCUUAA